UGUCUGGGCGGCCUUCUACCCCACAGCCACCGGGGCUCUGUUCCAAGAGGCCGGUCUCGAGCCCACGCUGCCCCACAUGUCCACUACAGCUUCCUCCCCGCUGGCCUCCUUCCCACCCGGUGCCCCUCACGGGCCGGGCACCAGUGCCAGGCCACCCCGUGGUCACAGUACCCGGCACUCAGCUGACCUGACAGCGGCCAGGGGGCGGGGCCCAAAGUUCUUUCCCAGGGCUGAUUGGCCUUGGCCCAAGUUCAGGACGCGUCUGUGUCCCACGGGGAGAGGGCGGAGAGACAGAUAAAAGGCGGCGGGCCGGGAGGACUCGAAAGUCAACACACGGCAUCUGAAACUGGUCACCCGGCUUCUCUACCCUAGAGCACCCGGGACCCCAUCUUUUAGCGCACCUGCUGCUCCCAGCUCGACCCCCAUCUGCGCCCGCAGCCCUCUUCGCUCCGGUCGGUGCCAGCCCCUGCCAGGUUCCGGUGGGCAUCAGGAUGAAGGCGGCCCGCCUCGUGAUGCGCAGCGCCAGCUCGCUGAGCGGCGCAGGCCUGGUCCCCAGAGAGGUCGAACUUUUCUCGCGCUACAGCCCAUCCCCGCUGUCCAUGAAACAGCUGCUGGACUUUGGUUCAGACAAUGCUUGUGAAAGAACUUCUUUUUCAUUUCUGCGACAAGAAUUGCCUGUGAGGCUGGCCAAUAUCCUGAAGGAAAUUGAUAUCCUUCCUGACAGAUUAGUAAAUACUUCUUCUGUGCAGUUGGUGAGAAGCUGGUAUAUCCAAAGCCUGAUGGAUUUGGUGGAAUUCCAUGAGAAAAGCCCAGAAGACCAGAAAGUUUUAUCAGACUUUGUAGACACACUCAUCAAAGUUCGAAACAGACAUCAUAAUGUGGUCCCAACGAUGGCUCAAGGAAUCAUUGAGUAUAAAGACACCUGUACAGUGGACCCAAAUACCAAUCAAAAUCUCCAGUAUUUUUUGGACCGUUUUUAUAUGAACCGUAUUUCUACUCGGAUGUUGAUGAACCAGCACAUUCUCAUAUUCAGUGACUCAAAGACAGGAAACUCAAGUCACAUUGGAAGCAUUGAUCCAAACUGUGACGUGGUAGCAGUGGUGCAAGAUGCUUUUGAGUGUUCGAAGAUGCUCUGUGACCAGUAUUAUUUAACAUCUCCAGAAUUAAAGCUCACACAAGUAAAUGGAAAAUUUCCAGGCCAGCCAAUUCAUAUUGUAUAUGUUCCUUCUCAUCUCCAUCAUAUGCUCUUUGAACUGUUCAAGAAUGCCAUGAGGGCAACAGUUGAACACCAAGAAAAUUGUCCUUCCCUUACACCAAUUGAGGCAACUGUCGUUCUGGGAAAAGAAGACCUUACAAUUAAGAUUUCAGACCGAGGAGGUGGUGUUCCCUUGAGGAUUACUGACCGCCUCUUUAGUUACACAUACUCCACUGCCCCCACGCCGGUGAUGGACAACUCCCGGAAUGCUCCACUGGCUGGUUUUGGCUACGGCUUGCCAAUUUCUCGUCUCUAUGCCAAGUAUUUUCAAGGAGAUCUGAAUCUCUACUCUAUGUCCGGUUAUGGAACAGAUGCUAUCAUCUACUUAAAGGCUCUAUCUUCUGAAUCUGUGGAAAAACUGCCCGUCUUUAACAAGUCAGCCUUCAAACACUAUCAGAUGAGUUCGGAGGCUGACGACUGGUGUAUCCCGAGCAAGGAACCCAAGAACAUGGCAAAGGAGAAAGUGGCUGUGUGAGGAGGGCUCUCAGGACAUUUCAUGGGAUCAAAGUGGGUCUCCGGCAGUGCUGCUUCUGGAGUGUUAGUGUGUGAACUCAUUUCUGCAAAAGCAAAAGAUAGCGACAGAGGCAUUGACGCCAUGAGGAAUGGAUCUCAGUUCUGUGGUGCAGGAGAAUGCAAUACAGGGCUGCAAGCUAAUAGGUGACCUGCUCCUACCAUAGCCAUGCAGAACAACGCAUGACUAUUCCAAAUCCCCCAAGAGAAGUGAGCUACUCUCCAUCUCUUUAUCCACAGGGGUGAGGAAGCAGGAGUGCCGUAGUCUCAACAGCUGCUGUUUUAGACCUGUUGUUGCCAUCCACAUAGAUUGAUAUUGAAUGAAUAUUAAAUGUAAAGAUAUCAGUGUGUCCUGCCAUGAAAAGUUUAAAGCUUAGUUUACAGUACAUGAUUAGAAAUGUGCAUAAAUGUACAUAUUGUAUAUAUUUAUGUGGUCUUGAGAUGAAAGGAUGGAAAAAUGGGUCAAAAUAUUUUAUUUAAAUUUGUAGCUAAGACUUUCAGAAGGAAACCUCUUCUGUCAACAGCUCCUUUAUCAUGCUGUUUUCCUGUCUAGACUGCGCACAAGUGAAAGUUUGUCAGGUUAGCUAGAAUUGGGUAAGUUAAAUAUGUGCUGAACUCAGGAAGUUGGGGUUGGAGAAAGAGAAGAAUGGCCAAAGUGACAUCUUGAAAGUAUCUUACCUUGCUGUGUUUGUAAACAGUAAACUGGAAAAGACAGUAUUGGGGAAAGAUUCAGAACCUAGUUCAGAAGGAAGGGCUGUUCUCUGAACUGAAGUGGUGAUCAUGCAAAAGCAUCCAUUUUCUAGGCUUAAAAAGUGUGUUUUGAUUGCUUAAUUGUAUUCUCUACACUCCAGCAUUUAAAUGUCUGUUUUCAAAUUUCCAAUUGUCAAAUGGUUCAGGAACAUUAAAAUUUAGCAUUGUUUCAAAUGAGUAUCCUAGAAAUAAGAACUACUCAUGCCAGAAUGCUUUUAUUUGAGAAUCACUGGUACUCUGAGCUAAUGAAUGAAAACUGUGAGAGACAUGGUACUUCCACAGGACUGUGGUGUAAUUUGUAGGGUAACAAGUCAUUCAUGCAGAUUACUUAGAAAAGAAGGAAUGAGAGAAGGGAAGGAAGGAAGGGAAGCAGAAGGCAGGCAUCUUUCUAUAUUCCCCACAAACUAAUCCAAGAAAUGGUCUGUUUUCAUGGAUAAGUUAUUAGGAAGAGGAUAAAAUUGGUGUCUUUCAAAGCGAUAUGGCUUCCUUAAGUGAGACUCACUCUUGUAAGGAAAUGGGCUUAUGAGAUAGAAAAAAAUCAUGUGUCAAAUUCAUGUUUAAGAUGAAAUGUAAGAAAAACAGCUAACAUUUUCUGCAUUGUAAAAUAACCAGAACUGUUUAUCUGUUGACCUUGACACAUAUUUAUUUAAUCUUGUGAUGACCUAGUAUUGUGGUGCUUUUGGUUGUGGCAACAGAAGCCUCAAUUAUUUGUUUUGGAUUUCAGAUUUUAUCUUUAGAAGUCCUAGACUGUGGCUUUGUUGACAUGACUUUGACUCAUGCAUUUAUUAAUAACACAAAACUGUUAGCAAUGAGUUAUUUGUUGUAUCAGUUUGUAUUGGAAUUUCAGCUAAGCACUUUUGCACAUUAGUACUUGUGUUUACCAAAGAUUUAAAGAAGUUAAUUAAUUAACCCAAACACUGUGAAUUGUCUUUAAAAUAAUAGAGAAAAAUGUUAGUAUCUCAGUAGCAUCAACUAUGUAAAUGAAGUAGAAGUAAUUUUCCUUGUUAUUUUGACCUGUGGAAGAUCUUCAUCUCUAGUGGAUGGCUACUGAGUGCUCAGACCCACUUAAGUUAUUCAUGUAUGACUUGUGUUUUGUCUUUAGGUUAUGUACAAAUAAAUGUGACCCCUUUUAUAAUAAAUUUUUUUUCUAAAAUA